CAAUUGUUUCAGAAGCUGCUGCAUAGAAAGGCCAAGCGAGAAUGUAAAAUUGCCAGGAGGCUUGCCAGGAAAGUAGGAUGUAGGCUGUAGGCUGUAUCUAACACUGGAAGAAUGAACAUUUCUAUGGAAUGAAAGAUCUUCUGGGUAGCCUUAUGUAGGAGUCAGCAAAAGGUCAGGUCAGUUGUCUUGACCUCGAAGUCUUGUACAUUCAGUGUGAUGACCCAAAGCAGUUAUCAAACAAGUAACAUCAAGCAGUAUUUCUGUGCCUGCAAUUGAAUAAUGAAGACAGAAACAAGCUGAUCGGCAAGAGGUUGUGGAUGUGAGAGCUCAAGAUGGCCCACACACUGAGCUUCGGCUUUGGCCCUGAGAAUGUCAGCCAGGCCUCAAGUCCCUAUGAUGAAGGCGUUGUGCAUGAUUCCUUCCACCAGCUAAUCCAGGAGCAGAGCUGGCUGGCUGAACAGGAGCUGGUGGAGAUGCAGGAGAUGACAAAUGUAACUUCCAGGGGGAAAGAAAAUCUGGCCUAUAUAGCUUCUCCUGCCCGUCAGACUGAGGCUUGCGAAGCACCAGAACAGACAGAGGAACAUCCUGGCUUCUCCUCAGCUACACUGCGCAUCCUAGCCAGCAUGCCCAGCCGUACAAUUGGUCGUAGUAGAGGAGCCAUCCUCUCCCAGUAUUAUAAUCGCACUGCCAGGCUGCGUUGUAGAAGUACCCGUCCCCCAUUACAGGAAGUGUCCCGCUCUGCGCGGCCUAGCCUCCGGCAACUUGGAAUAGACCUGGAUUCCAGUCAUGAAGAAGAGGAUACUAAGCGCAGCCUGCUGGUAAAAGAACUCCAGAGCUUGCCAGCAAGUCAACGUGUUAGUAUGUUGCAAGCUAUGCCUCUGAGCCUGGCAGAGAAGCGUAGCCUCAGGCAGGACUCUAGUGGGCACUCGGGUACCUUGAGGAAACCCAAGACAACAGCUCCUUUGUCGCAUUGCAGCCGGCUUAAAUACUACAUCAUCAUAGGGUUCCGAAAUCUCUGGUACGGUUGGCUUUCAUUCCUCCAUACUCUCCAGCCCUGGCAUUAUUCCCUUAAGCAGAUCAGUGGUCGCUUUGGAUCCAGCAUUCUCUCCUACUUCCUGUUCCUCAAGACCUUGGUCAUGUUCAAUCUUUUCUUGUUCUUCAUCUUGCUGGUUUUCGUGGUUGCCAUGCAGGCUGCUCACCCUCCUGCCACACCAAACAAUGAGACGUUCACAGGGCUUGAGCCCCUUACUGGAGCAGGCUACUUCAGUCACACACUGAUGUAUUAUGGCUACUAUAGCAAUUUCACUCUAAAUGAUCCUUGUGCUUCUGGCUCUAACAUCACACAUUGCCAGCAAUCCCGGGGCGUUCAUCUGCCAUACAAUAUGCCAUUGGCGUAUGUGUUUGUUGUUGGAGUCUCCUUCAUCGUGACCUGCAUUCUGCUAGUGUACAGCAUGUCUCAUUCCUUUGGAGAAAGCUAUCGUGUGGGCAGUGCCUCUGGGGACCUGGCAGUUAAAGUCUUCUGUGCCUGGGACUAUAAGGUGAUCCAGCCGCGUUCUGUUCAAGUACAGAGUGAAAACAUCUGCACUCAGCUGAAGGAGUGUCUGGCUGAGCGGCAGUCCAGGUCACACACAUUAAACCUGUGUAAGAGACUGCAGAGGUUUAUAGUCCUGCUGCUGGCCUGGAUGAUAUCCCUGGGCACAGUUCUGGCUUGUGUCAUUGCUGUCUACUACUUCUCUGAAUACAUACACCAGGUUCACCACGACAGGCUCACAAGAAGCAUGCAGAAUGGGAAUGAAGCCUUGCUCCUGGCCCUACCUCUGCUGGUCUCUUUGAUUAACUUGCUUAUGCCAUACCUGUACAACCUCUUGGCUGCUUGGGAGAAGCAAGAGUCUCCAGUCCUCGAGGUAUACGUAGCCAUCUGCAGGAACUUAAUUCUGAAAAUGGUUAUUUUAGGCCUACUGUGUUACCAUUGGCUGAGCCGGAAAGUGACAUCCUCAAAGAUCAAGUGUUGGGAGACCUUUGUGGGGCAGGAGCUAUACCGUUUAGUGAUGAUGGAUUUAAUUUUCACCCUCUUGGAUACCGUCUUUGGAGAGCUGAUCUGGAGGAUUAUUUUGGAGAAGAAAAAACAGAGUAAGCAGAGGCCAGAGUUUGACAUUGCUAGAAAUGUGCUGGAGCUGAUUUAUGGACAAACUCUGACCUGGCUGGGGGUCUUCUUUGCCCCACUCCUCCCAGCUGUCCAGAUCCUCAAGUUGGUGCUCUUGUUCUAUGUUAAGAAGACCAGCUUGAUGAGAAAUUGCCAGUCUCCCAGUAAACCAUGGCGUGCAUCUCAUAUGAGCACCAUCUUCAUCACUUUACUGUGCUUCCCUUCAUUUCUGGGCGCUUCCAUAUUCCUCUCCUACGCCAUCUGGUCAGUUAGACCAUCAGAGAGAUGUGGGCCUUUCCGAAGCCUUCCAACUAUCUAUGAUUCUGGGAAGACGUGGGUUCAACAGCUGGAGAAAUCUAACCCAAACCUUACCUGGUUUACAUGGAUCCAUCAGCACAUGAUCCAAAACACCUUCUUCCUGUUCGUCAUCUCUGGAAUUUUACUAUCUGUGAUCUACCUCAAUAUUCAGGUGGUGAAGGGUCAACGGAGAAUCAUUUCCCUCCUGAAGGAGCAGAUUGCCAAUGAAGGCGAAGACAAGACAUUCCUCAUUCAGAAGCUUCAUGCUGUAUAUGGAAAAUGAGAAUGCAGCGAUUGAGGAUGAGUCCAGCAAUUCCUUACUGAACAUGCAAGAUGAGCCUUGUGCUCUGCCUGAAAUGCUGCCUGGGUGCUGACAAUAGAGAUGUUGGACUUUCUUAGAAUGCCCUCUGGGAUAGUCUCAUGCUUCUGAAAACAUCAACCUACAGUUGUGGCCUCCAGUUGCUGGCCUUUACACGUCUCCAUUCUCAGAAGCUUCACAGGAACUUUCAAUACAAGAACUUCCUUUCCUAGUGUUUGGUGAUGAUUCCAGCUUCUGCAGAUAAACAAAUGAAAAAUUACUUUGUACGUAGAUCUCAGGUUUCCUGAACUACUUGAGUGAUAGUGAAACUGAUAGUUUUCAGAAGAGAAGACCCACUGACUGCA